AUGACGCAUCGAUUUGAGUUAAACAAACAAUCAAUAAAUUUAGAUAUAGAUAUGAAAAAUGAAAGAAUUAUUGGUAACACACAUAUGAAUGUAACUCUUUAUAUGCCUAUUUAUUAUUUGUAUGAUAAAAAUGAUUUUGAAAAAAAUAAUUUUGAUAUUAAAAAUGUGAAAAUAUGUACUAAUAACAUACAGCAUCCAAAAAGCGAAGAUGUUGAAAUAGAUGAAGAAAAUAUAAACAAAUUUGAAAACUGUAAUACAAUAAACAAAUAUAUUAAUAAAAAAAAACGAAGCAGUUACGAAAUAAAUAAUGAAACAUUGACUAACGAAAUAACAAGUCAUACACAGUUAGAUGCAUCGUCAUAUAUUCAAUUAGAUCAAAUUGAAUCUUAUAUAAAAUUUCAAAAAAAUAAAUAUAUUUUUUUAGUUAUUCAAAUACCAAAUAAUUCCAAACAAGCUAAAUAUUAUGAUAUCAAAAUAAACGGAAAAGAAGAAUUAAAUUAUUACACAAUAUAUGACAAUCAGAGUUAUAUACAAAAUGUAUUUGAAAAUAGUGAAAUGGAAAAAGAUGUUCCUAUUUAUAAUUCUAUACCUCAAAAUAAUAUUCAAAAUUUUAAAAACGAAACAAAUAUAAAUACAAUCCAAAAUGAAUACUCAUCAGUUACUAGCUACGAUAAUGAUACAAUAAAUGAAGAUACAAAUCAAUAUUCAAAAAAAAAAAGAAAAAUUAAAAAAAAAAAAAAAAAGGAAAAAAAAAAAAAAAGAAAAUGGAAUAAUGAAGAAAAUAUAUAUAAUUAUGAUACAAAUACUAAAAACAGUUAUACACACAAACAACAUCAAAAUUGUAAUGAACAUUUAUAUAGAGAUCCAGAUUAUAAAUCACAAAAUAACAAUUUUGACAAUUUUCCUCCACCUGACAUUUAUAAUAAUACUAAAAUAAAUAAUUGUGGUGAAGAAAAAAAAAAAAAAAUCAAAUUUAAUAAAAAAAUAAAUAACAUUGAUAAUUUUUCUCAUAAUAAUCUACAACAUCCUGAAUUUAAAAUUGUAGACUUUUUAUCUUUAGAUAAACUAAUAGAAAAAAAUAAUAUGAAAGGAAAAAAUUAUUUAUUUAUUAUGAUAGAUAACAAGAUAUUUAAUAAAGAAAAAAAUAAUAAUUUUGAAAAAUUUUCUAAUUUUUGCAAAAACGGUGAAACAAUCCGAAUAAAUAAUAAUGGUGAUAAUGAUGGGUAUGAUGUAAAAAUAAACAUUAAUGUAAAUUUAUCUUUCCAGUUUUUUAAUUUAAAUUCGUAUCAAAAUCAAAUAUAUUUCGAUAAAACGAAAAACCUUUUAAUUACCAUUAAUAAUUGUAUUAAAAAUAAAACAUGGUUUCCUACUAUUUAUCAGUCAUAUAAUAAUGAAGAUAUUACAAAUAAAUGUCCAUGGAAAAUAAAAUGUAUUAUUGAUAUUCCAUACUUUGUUAUAUCAUCAAACACAUUAACAAAUAUAUAUCAAAAAGAUGGAAAAAAUUGUUUUGUAUAUAAAACUACAAAUAAAAAUUCUUUAUUAUAUCCUGAUCAAAUAUGUUUAUAUGCAGGAGGUUUUAAUUUUAUGCAUUUAAAUUUGAUAAAAUUGAAAGAUGUACAAAACAUUAAUUAUAAUUUUUUAUAUAAAAAUGAAAAAAUACACUAUUCUGAUAAUUAUCAACCAAAAGAAAAAAAUAAAAAUAUUAACAUCUCAAAAAAUUAUCCUGAAACUAAAAAAGGAGCUAAUACAUUAAAUAAUAAUUAUAACCAAAAUGAAUCCUCUUUAGGAAAUACAAACAAUAAAUAUGAAAUUUAUAAUUCUUCUCCUCAAGAUAGUGAUUCAUAUUUUGAAUGUUUUUCAGAAUCGGGUUUAUCAAAUAUUUCUGACCAUUCUGAUUCUGAAUUAGUUACCGAAAAAAAAAAAAAAAUCCAGCCAGGCGCUUUUCAAGUUAGCUUUGCAGACUCCCCAACGGUUCCCCAGGUCGAAAAUGGCGAAAGCGGGAAAAGCGAAAAAAAUGGAGAAAGCGGAAAAGGCGAAAAAAUCGAAAAAAGCGAAAAAAAUGGAGAAAGCGGAAAAAGCGGAAAAGGCGAAAAAAAUGAACAAAGCGGAAAAAGCGGAAAAGGCGAAAAAAAUGAACAAAGCGGAGAGAAGUACUACUACGAAAAAAUAAAUGGCAAGAGAGUCCCAAACAUUUAUGCAUUUGCAGAUGCAGACCAAAACGAACUAACAUAUUCGACAGCACACACAGGAUAUAUAUUAAAAUGCUUCUUGGAAAUAACAAAAGAAAAUAUAAUGUAUGACAAUAUUAUUAUUUUAUUUUUACCCAUAAAUUUUACGUUUUUAGAAAAUUAUUUCCAUUCAGAAUUUAUAGAAACCAGUAUAAGCUCACAUAAUUUUUAUGAUCAAAAAAAUGGAUAUAAUUUAUUUAGUAACAAUAAUAUAUUAAAUAGUAAAAUAACAGAUCCAUACAUUUAUUUUAAAACUGGAAAAUAUCUUAUAUAUGGAAAUGUUAUAAUAUUUCCAACACAUCUAUUACAUAAUAUAUAUGAUAUUUUAUUUAACAUAAAUAUCUAUUCAUAUAAAUUUAUUUUUGCCGAAGGUAUAUUAUCUCUUUGUUUUGAUUAUUAUAUAAAUAAAAUAAAUUAUCAAAAUUCUUAUUAUGUAUAUAUGUUAAAAUUAUAUAUAUUACAAAAAUUUAUUGAACAAAUUUAUGGAUCCAUAGAAAUGAAUGCUAUCUUUUUUGAGCUUCGAGAAAAAUAUUGUUCUAUUGUUGAAUUGUUUGGUGACAUAAUCAUUUCAAAACAAAAACUUUAUUAUACACCAUCUUAUUAUUUAUAUAAUCAAAAAAAUAAUUCCAAUAAUUUUAUUUCAAAUGAUUACAUUUUUAAUUAUAUUUAUUUCAUAAAAUCAUUUUUAUGUAUAAGAGCAUUUUUUAAUAUCCUUAAAAAUUUUUAUUUUUCUGCUAAUAUUAGCCAAUAUUGUUUUUUUCUAUUUUUUUCUCACUUCUCUGCUGAAAAGAAAAUCAUGGAUUCUGACCUCUUCUGGAAAAAGAUACUUGAAGAAUGCCGAUUGAGAUAUGUCGAAAGUUACAAAAACAGAUUCAAGAUAAACAAAGGAUAUCCAAACAUAAAUGUAAAAUCAUUAGCAAGUGAAGAACAUGAACAAUAUCAAUUAUUUGAAAAAUAUUUUACUUAUUUUUUAAAUACUUUUAUAAAAGGAUAUGGGAUAGCACAAUAUAUACUUACGUUCAAUAUUCAUUUACAAAGAAAAGGGACAUCUAUGGAUGAUUUUAACUUUUUAAUUAGUCAAGAUUAUAUUAAUCCGUUUUCUUUUAUUGAUAAUCAUUUUAAAUCAAAUUAUUUCUUAGCAGACAUAUCAUCUAUGUGUAUAUAUAAUUUAUUAGAACUUAAUAAAUAUAUCGAUUUAAAACAUAUUUUAUUACAAAUAGAUGUAUAUAAUAAUAAUAUAAAGUUCGAUAAAGAUAUAUCCUUUUUAAAAAAAAUAAAAAAUAAAAUUAUUAUAAAUAAGAAAAUGAAAUCAUAUUUAGAUAAAAUUUAUUUUGAAUAUUUUCUUCAAAUAUCAUAUCCCAAUAAUAAUUUAUUUAAUAAUAUCGAAAAAAAAAUAUUAAUUUUUUUAAAAAAAAAAUACCAUUACUAUAUAGAUCAUUUUUAUCAUUAUCCAAAACACAUAUUUAAUAAAAAAAUUAAUAAAAUUAUAUCCAAUUUUAUAUUAAAAAAAACAAAAAAAAAAAUAUUCGACUCUUUAUAUAUUACUCAGCCCCCCAAAAAUGAUACACUCUCUUGUAUAAAUAAGUUACCAAAUAUUAAGUCCGAUAAAAAUUGCACAAAAUUACAUCUAACUAAUAAUGUAGACAUAUUGCCACCAUUGCCAACGAACGGCCAGGUGGCAAGCGUAAAGGCAGAGACUACAUCUGCCAACAUUUUCUCAAAACACGAAAUGAUUCUUAUCAAAAAUGAAAACAAACAUCCAAUAAUCAAAACAAUUAAUAAGGACAAAAAAAAAAAAAAAAAAGAAACCAAACGUGAUAGACAAGAAAAAAAAAUGAGAAAAAUACAACAAGAUGAAAAAAAUAAAGAAAGAAAAAAAAAAAAAAAAAAAUCAAAAAAAAAUCAAAAAAAAAAUCAAAAAAAAAAGCAAAAAAAAACAAAACUUGAUAAAUAUGAAUAUAAUGAAAUAUCACAAAAACAAUUUAAAAUUAAUAGAAAUUAUUUAUUAAAAAAAAAAAAACAACUUAUAAAUUUACCAUACACUAAUUAUGAUAGUCUCGAUUUGGUAGGAAGAGAUGGAAAUUUCUAUUUGGGUUUUGGAUAUGCUGGAUCAAAUUCUUUAUUUUUUAGUACAGGAAAAGGAAAUUUAUAUAAUAAUAUAAUCGAAUAUAAAAAAUAUAUAAAAUGUGAUAUUACAAAAUUAAGUGAAAUAUGUAUUGAUAAACAUCAUAUACAUGAAUAUGAUACAUCACCUUUUUACACAAGCUCAUCUUAUUCAUAUUGGAAAAUUAUAUUCCGUUUAUAUUAUUAUUUAUUAUUACUUAAUAAAAUUUCUAAAAAAAAAGAAUUUGUUAUGAUUGAAAAUAUUUUAUCUCUAAAAGAAAUACAAGUAAAUAUUCUCGACUCCAAUUAUACUGACCAAGAAGUUCCAAGGAUAAAAAAAAAAAAAAUGCGUGAUAAAACGCAUGAUAAAGUAGAUGGUAAAUAUCAAUUUCAAAAAUUGUCACAAAAACAUAUCGAUCAAACUUUUACUGUCCAAUCAGAUUCGCUCACUGAACCUUUAUGUAUCGUUGAUAAUGAAAAACCACAAUCUUUAUAUGACUGUUCAGCUAAUAUUGCGAAUCAACAAACAAAAGUGCAAUAUUCAAAUAUAGAUUCUCAUUUCCAAAAUGGUAACAAUGAUGAGAAAGAUAGUAAAGGCGAUGAUAUGUAUGACCACAAUUUUAGCAAAUAUUCCCAAAAAAAAAAAAUGAAAAAAAUAAAAGAAAAAAAAGAAAGAAAAAAACAACGACGAAAAAAAGAAAAAAUACAAAAUAUUAAAAAUAUAUUAGAAAACGAUAAAAAAUAUUAUGAGUCUUAUAUUAAUUCAUAUAUCUCUAAUAAUAUACCUCAAUCUGUUGAUGAAAAUAAAUUCUUUUUUUCUUUUUUAAAAUUAGAAAUUAUUGAAGAUGAUGGAAUUAGAGUUUUAAAAAAAAAUAUGUUAAAUAAUAUAAUACCGUUUCGAUUUAGUGUUGAUGCAAGACCGGAAAAAGGACGAAAAAAAGUUGCUUUUAAAUAUGAAUCAUUAUUUACAUAUAAAAAUAAUAAUCUCUUAGGAAAUUGUGAUAAUAAAAAUAUUAAUAAUAAUAAUAAUCAAAUUGGGAUACAUAGAAAUAUAAAAAAAAUUUAUGAUGAUACAAUAGAUAGUAAUUUUAAUAAAACUGUUAAAUAUAUUGGAAUCAUUAAUGAUAGUGAUAAAUAUAUGAUUGAUUAUUGUAAACGAAAAAUAAUGAAAAGGGAUAAAUCUUUAUUAUGCUUAGAUAAUAGAAAACUUGUUGCUAAAAUUUGUAGUAAAAAUAAAAUACCACUUUUAUGGAUAAGAGUAGAUAAUGAUUUUUAUAUUAUUGGUAGAAUCAGAAGAACACAAAGUGUAAGUAUGUGGAUUCAACAAUUAUUAAAUGAUAAUAAUGUUUUAGCACAAUUAGAAUCUUCUUUUUCAUUAGCUUUUAUUCCAUUUUUUUUUCUAAAUAAAAAUAUUACAUCUAAUUUUAAUGAAAAUAAAAAUAACUACUUUUUGGGUCCAGAAAAAUCUUCUACUAAUAUCAAUAAUAAUUCAGUACAUUAUGGUGAUCUUGUUAAUAAUAUCACAUCUAUCGGUUCUGUUGAUUCUGAUGAAAAUAUUAAUCAUUUAGAUCCAGAUAAUAUACUUGCUCAUAAUACACAAAAAGAUAAUCACACAGAUGUAGAUGCUAAUUUUUUAAAAUUUUCUGCAACCAAAAUUAAAAACAAACAAAGAAAAAAAAAUAAUUUACAAAAUAAUAACAAUUCUACGGAUCCUGCAAAUUUCCCUUUUAAUAAUAUUACUUCUAACAUUUUGGCAAAAUCAGAUCAAUCUUUCUCUAUGCUUAACGAAUCAUAUACAAUAGAUAAUGAUCAAAAUAGAAAAUUCACCAUAAAUGCUACUAAUAAAAAUAUGAUAAAUAAUUUUAUUACCUCACAUCAGCAACCUCCUCAAAUAGAUUCAAACAUGAUAAGAAUCUCUCACAUUAGUAAUAAAAAUGAGUUUGAAAAUAACAUACAAAAUGAUCUACUAAAAAUUAAUAAACAUUAUAGUCAAAGUAGUAGCUCAAAUAUGGAUUCAGAUAGCCAUGAUUUAAAUUUUACUACAUCUACCAUUGAUGAUUUAAAUGAAGAUGUAAAUGGUUUAGAAAAUUGUAAUUAUUCAUCAUCUAGUUAUAAAAUGAAAGAAAAAAAAAACUAUAAAACACAUUGCAAAAAAAAUAUAUCAAUCUCUAAUAUGCCAAUUAAUAUAGAAAUUAUUAAAGCUUUAUACAAAUCUAUCAUCUCAGAACAUCUACAUUAUAUAGUUAAAAUUAGAUGCAUAUAUUCUUUAUGUUUUGUUCAUAAUAAAUAUAUUUAUACUCAAAAAGUUAUUCAAAAUAUAUUUUUAGAAUAUUUUGAUCAAAAUUUUCCUAAAGAUUUGAAUCAAAAAAAAUUUAUGCAUGCCUUUUUUAUUGCUUUAUCACUUUUGAGAAAUAAAAAUAAUAGAACCCCCAAAAUUAUAUUAUUUCUUCUUAUAAAAAAAUGUUCGAGUUUCGUUUUAUCUAUCAAUCUUCACAAUAAUUACAAUAUAACAAAAAAUACAACUUAUUCUGAACAAGAUAACACAACUAGCCAUAAAUAUAUCUCUAAUAACAUUGGAAAUGAUAAUUAUCAAUAUCUUGGAAAUAAUACAACGAUUAAUAAUUUUACCAAAUUUUAUUCAAAUCCAAAUCAAGAAAAUGUUCAGAUAAAUACCACUGAGAAUGUAUCACAAUCAAAUAUUUCUUUACAAACAAUAAAUAAUCAAUUUCAAAAUUCUAAAAAUUAUAUAACAAAAAAAAAAGAUGAAUAUAAUAAUGUGAAAACAAGUAUUGAUUACACAAAUAAUGAACACUGGGAUUAUAAAAAAAAUAUUGUGCAAAAAAUUUCACAAAUUACAAAUAAUAAAAAAUUAUGUACAUGCAAUAAAAAUAUUCACAAAUUAUGUGAUUUUUGUAAAAAUGACCUGAAUUGUUCAGGUAAAAAAAAAAAUCUGCAAUAUAAUCAAAAUAAAGAAAAUCAACAAAAAAUUACGUAUGAUCCUGAUUUAAUUAUACAAAAGGAAGAAGAAGAAGAUAUAAAAAUGGUAUUGGAAUGUAUAGGAAAUAUUAAAUUUAAAAAUCAAUGUUUAUUUGGUAAUCAAAAUAAUAAGUUUAACGGAAUAGGAGAAUAUAAAACAAAUUCCACAACUAACAUUAAUAAUAUUUCUAAAAGUAGUAGCGAAUAUUUUUUUUUCCAAUAUUUCACAAAAUUGACCAAUAAUACUAACACCAUGCCAACAGAUACUAAUUAUAUGAAAAAAAGAAAAAAAGGAAAAAGAAAAAAAAUGUACCAUGCAUAUGAUUUUUACGAUAUAGAUAUAUAUGAUGGAGAAAAAAAAAUCGAAAAUCAUUUUUUAAAAUUAAGAAAAACAAAAAAAGAAUAUACACAAGAAUUAAUUGAUUUAUUAUUUUUAAUAUAUGAAUUAAAAAAAUUAUCUCCAUAUCUUCCUAUAUCAGAUACAGUUAUAACUAUAUUGCUUAGAUCGAUUAGUAGAAAUAAAAAUAUUCUGGAUUUAUUUAGAAAUAAAAUGUAUAUAGAAAAUAAAUAUUACUUUGACAUGUGUGCAUAUUUGCCUAAUUUUAUAUUUCAAUCAAAAUUGCUAAAUUUUAUUGACCAUAAAAAUGCGAAUAAUUUUACUAUCGAAAUUAUCAGAGCUAUUUUACAUUUAAUCAUGACUGGUAACAUACGGGUAUAUAAAAUUUAUUACAAAAUAAAUGAAUCAUUACGAUAUGGAGUGGAUACUAUUAUUUCUUCACUUAAAAAAAACGAUAAUAUUAUGAAUAAUACAGUAAAUGAUAAUAACUUAUUAGAUAACCAAACAAAAAAAGAAAUCUCAAAAGAUGAAGCAAACAAUUUUUCUAAGCCUUAUGGAAAAUGUGAACACACAACUUUUAAAGACAUAAAUAAUGAAAAUGAAAAAAAUGAAAAAAAUGAAAAAAAUGAAAAAAAUGAAAAAAACGAAAAAAACGAAAAAAACGAAAAAAACGAAAAAAACGAAAAAAACGAAAAUUAUUUUUUUGUAUCAACAUAUACAAAUUUUAUAGAAAGAAAAGUUAUAUGUAUGCAUUUACUAAAUAUGUAUGCAGCCAUUCAAUUUAUUUCUCAAAUUGUAAAAAUUUUUAAAAAUUGUGAAAUAGAAAUGCUAAUAUGGAAUAUUUUUUAUCAAUUACUUUUAAUAUUUCAACAAAAAUAUCCUUUUUUCUUUUUGCCUUUUUCAAAAUUGUUCAAUAAAUAUUUUAAAGAUUAUCAAAAAAAAAACUAUACAGCUUUUGAAUUUUUUUAUUUUUUAUAUGGACUUAAUUCGAUUAACCAAUAUGAAAAAGCUAACAAAAUUAAUGACUAUAAUAAUAUUACCAAUUUUGAUGAUGAUAAUGAUAAUGAUAAAAUAAAUAUAAUACCUUAUCUUAAUAAUCAGUACAAAAUACACACAGACAAUAAAUUAAUAUGUGACUAUGCCUUACGCAAUAUAUUAUUUGAAGAAACAUUUACAAAUUAUUCAUCAAAAAUUAAGGAACAAAAUAUUAUUAUAUAUAAAUACGAUAUUAUAGGUUAUAUACCAUUUAUAAACAUUUUAAAAUUUGUUUCCAAUACAAAAAAAUUAAAAAAAAAUUUUAUACAAAUAACGUAUAUAAAAUAUAUAGUUAAAUAUAUACAUAAUUAUUUCAGAGAAUUAAUUAUUGACACAUCAAAAUUUAAUGAAAAUUAUUUUAAAAAUUCUAUAUUAUAUGAUUUAAAAAAUAUAUUUGUUUUUUUAUAUGGAUAUGGAAUACCCCCAUGUUACUCGAAAACCAUUUCUCCCAUAUAUUUCCCUCAUUAUAAACAAUUAAAUGAUAAUACAAAAAAAGGUGUGGAAAUAAAUAGUCUCAUCAAAUUUUUGCGAACAUACUAUAACAACGAAAAAUUGCUAAAAUGGAAAGUAGUUGCCUCUGAAUUUAUAAGUGUGUUGAAAAACAUGCCAGAACUUAAAUUGUUUAUAGACAAUCCCACAAUAUCUCUUAAUAACUUUAACUUCACAAAAGAAAGUAUUUGGUUGUCAUUAAUUAGUGAGAAAUUAAAAAACGAUAUUUAUAAAUUGCCAAUGGACUUAAAAAGAGAUAUCAUUCUUUUGUUAAAAAACAUUCGUUUAGUUGAUAUAUGUUUAGGUACUAAUACUUAUGAACAUGUUAAUAAUAUUUUUACCGUUUGUUGGUUUAUUAUAGUAAAAAUAUUUCAAAAUUAUGAAAAAAGCAAGAAAAAUGUAUGA